GAGCUCUCAAUAGCACACCGGCUAGCUGUGUGAUAAUGGACCACAUCUAUGGGAAUGUUAGUUUGCCUGACAUGGGGAAGGGGGCAGAUUCUCCAUAUUCUCCUGACUGCCAUAACUCACCACAGUAUUCUCCAGGUCUGACUGGCAGUAAAGGAAACGUCUCCACAUCCAGAGGACUUCUUCUGUUGUCUCUGGCUCUUAGCGUCGGCCUGCUUUUCACUCUGGCUGGUCUCAUUGCAGUGGCCUACCUCUAUUCCAAUGCACAGACUAAGCUUGACCAGAUAGAAGCACUGCACAAGAAUUUGUCAGCAACCUUGAAUACCACUGCCACCUCUGGUUGUAGGGUCUGUCCUGAUGGGUGGGCUCACAACAGUGGGAAGUGCUACCUCUUCUCCUCCACUAGAAAGACCUGGAGUCAGAGUCGAGAUCACUGCAUCACAUUAGGGGGGCAUCUGGCCAUUGUGAACAGUCAAGAGGAACAGUAUUUUCUAUCCAAAAGAGCCAUUGAGGAUUUCUACUGGAUGGGACUGAGUGACCUGGAGACAGAGGGACAGUGGAUUUGGGUGGACAGCACAGAGACUGGAGCAGUAUUCUGGAAGAAAGGGUCUGAUGGACAGGGUGAACCAGAUAACUGGAAGAAGGAAGACCCAGCUGGGGAGAACUGUGCCCUUUUCACCAAAUCUGGACACUGGCUUGACAACUCCUGCAAGAAGCGGCAUACAUUUGUGUGCGAGACAGUAGCCACCGAUUAG